AUGGGAUCUUUACUCUUUUGGUAUGAUAACUGGACAGGAUUAGGGGCAUUAUACUUCAUUGUACCUCAAGAUUUUGGGAUUGAUGAGACUAUUCAUAAUGUCUAUGAUGUGGUUGAAGAGGGUAGCUGGAAUGUAAAUAGGCUUCUGGAGGUUUUACCUGAGGAGUAUGUCCUGCACAUCAUAGAAAAAAACAAGUCACCUACUGCAUAUGAGGUACUUGAUAUACCUUACUGGAUGUUGGAAACAAGAGGCUUCUUCAGUGUUAGAACAACAUGGGAGUAUCUGAGAAGGAGAGAUGAUCCAAGGGUAGCAUACAAGAUGAUUUGGGUGAAGGGCCUACCAUUCAAAAUUUCCUUUUUCAUGUGGAAAGUUUGGAAAGCAAAGUUACCCCUUGAUGACUUCAUGAGGAGAUUGGGAUAUUUCAUGCCCUCUAAAUGCUGGUGCUGCUCACAGCCUAAGGAGGAAACUUUACAACACAUGUUCUUCAUGUCUGAUACUGCAAGGAGUGUUGACAAAGUAGUUUGGGAAUUCCCAAGAGAAUGCUGGCUCAAGGUCAACACAGAUGGUGCAUCUAGGGGGAAUCCAGGCAGGAGUGCAAUUGGCUACAAUGCUAGAGAUGAAAAGGGAGAUAUAGUGUUUGCAGAAUGGAAGGAAAUCAAUGAAACAACAAACACUGAAGCAGAGGCAAUGGCAAUUGUAGAAGCUUUGAGAUACUGCAGGAUGCAGCAGUACUCUCAAGUGUGUGUUCAAACUGAUUCGAUGCUCAUGAAGAAAAUAAUAGAGGGAAUGUGGAAGCCACCUUAG